UUGUGCGUGCCUCUCUGUGCCUGCGUCUCCUCUCGGGCCGAGGACCUCGCUUCCGUGAGUGAGUCGAGCUCUGUCCUCCCCUCAGGCGCAGGCCGGCUUUGUUUUUCCUUCUCUCGGCUCUUUCUCUGUUCGCCACCAUGUUCGAGGCAAGGCUCGUGCAGGGCUCCAUCCUCAAAAAGGUGCUGGAGGCGCUGAAAGACUUCAUUAAUGAGGCCUGCUGGGACAUCAGCUCGGGCGGGGUGAACCUGCAGAGCAUGGACUCGUCCCACAUCUCGUUGGUGCAACUCACCCUCCGCUCGGAGGGCUUUGAUACCUACCGCUGCGACCGCAAUCUGGCCAUGGGUGUUAAUCUCACCAGCAUGUCCAAAAUCUUAAAAUGUGCCAGCAAUGAAGAUAUCAUUACCCUAAGGGCAGAAGACAAUGCAGAUACACUCGCGCUGAUAUUUGAGGCACCAAAUCAGGAAAAAGUUUCAGACUACGAAAUGAAAUUAAUGGAUUUAGAUGUUGAACAACUUGGAAUUCCAGAACAAGAAUACAGUUGUGUAGUGAAAAUGCCUUCUGGGGAAUUUGCACGAAUCUGUCGGGAUCUCAGUCAUAUUGGAGAUGCUGUUGUAAUUUCCUGUGCAAAAGAUGGUGUAAAAUUCUCUGCCAGUGGAGAACUGGGAAGUGGAAAUGUAAAACUGUCACAGACAAGUAAUGUUGACAAAGAGGAGGAAGCUGUUACAAUAGAGAUGAAUGAGCCAGUUCAGUUGACUUUUGCACUUCGAUACCUGAAUUUCUUUACCAAAGCCACUCCACUUUCUCCUACAGUAACACUUAGUAUGUCUGCAGAUGUCCCACUUGUUGUGGAGUAUAAGAUUGCAGAUAUGGGACACUUAAAAUAUUACCUGGCUCCCAAGAUUGAGGAUGAAGGAGGAUCUUAGACAUAUGUAAAGGAAAAAGGUUCUUGAAGAGAGAACUGCUUUCGAGAUAUUCAAACAUGUUUAACUGUUAAGUCUUUUUCAGUCUUAACUUUUGAUUUGUACCUCUAGGUACAUAAAUAUGUAGAUAGCUUUCUGUAAAUAUAGUACUUCUUUCCACCUUAAAAUUUGUUUUAAAAAGUCCAAAAUUGGAUCUUAUCAUCCUAGCCAAUGCCUUAUUUAGAUAUUCUAUUUUAGAUGUUUUUAUACCAACAAACUCCAUUUGUAAUUCUAAUAGAAAAAGGAAGAUGUCUUCAAUUUAAAUAAAGUUAUAUCAGAAUUGAACUCUUCACAGAGUAGUGCCUUCAAAUUAGGACCCUGCUCUGCUAUGAAAAUCUUAAUGGAUUCUCAGCUUUAGUUAUUAAUGUAAAAAUUACUUGACAAUAUUUUUAUUUUUCACCCUGAAACUGUUGAAUAUAAAGCACUGUGGAAAUAGCAAUAAAAGAAUAUUAUUUCACAUUUAA